CCACUUCCAGUCUUGCGUUUACUGUGUUAUCGGUAGGGCGAAUGCGCGCGAGUUACUUGAAACUGUAGAUGUACUCUAUUACCAUUUAUAUUUUAUCGAAGCAAACAUUUGAUUGUUUAACUUAAUUGAUUUCAGUUAAUUAUUAAACUUUCGGGGGGGACUAUCACUUACUUUUAUUUUUCAUUAACAAAUAAUGGAAUUCACUCCUACAAAUAUACGUGAUAUUAAACCAGGCAUGAAAUCCUUAAAUGUUUUAUUUAUAGUUCUUGAAAUUGGUCGUCCAAACAUGACAAAAGAUGGACAUGAAGUCAGAACAUGCAAAGUAGCUGAUAGAACAGCUAGUAUCAAUUUAUCAGUUUGGGAUGAACCUGGGCUAUUUUUACAACAAGGAGAUAUCUGUAGGCUUAGUAAAGGGUAUGCUUCAGUUUGGAAAGGCUGUCUUACUUUAUAUACUGGCAAAGGAGGAGAAAUACAGAAAAUUGGAGAGUUUUGUUUUACUUUUACAGAAGUGCCAAACAUGAGUGAAAACCCUGAGCAAGCUAAUCAACAAAAGACAGACGCAAGAUCCUCUCCCACUUUACAGCAGCCUGUACCUCUUCUGCCAGUACCUGGUGUUGCAGUACCACCAACUACUACAGCUCCACUGCCAGGUAAUGGCAAUCAUGGAACUUCUGCUUUUACUCCCAGGAGUGCAAAUCGAAAUACUGGACAACCUAGACCACAAAUGCCUGUAAUAAAUAAUGGAGUCAAUAAUAAUAACAAGCCAAGAGGAGGAAGACGAUAAAGACUAUUACAUAUUUUUAAAGUGUUUUCCGUUUCGUAUUUCUUUAAUGAAAAUCCCAAGUCCACUUUUGCAAAGAGAGAAAAUAAAACCAAGGCCUUAAGAAAUGAAAGCAGGAAAUAAUUAGCUUUCACAGUAACUGUACAAAGAAUAGAGCUAUUGUUUUUUAUAAAAACAUUAAUCAGUUUUACUAGUGAAAGAAGAAAAAGAAAGUGGAUUUUGUGUAUGAAGUGAUUUUAUGACGAAAUGUAUUAUAUUGUAUUUACAUUGCAUCUUGUUUCAUGUGUAUUAGAUACUCAACUUUUGAAAAUUAUAUAUUUUUUCUUCAUGUGUUUCAUGAUAACUUAGAAACUUUUUUUUUUUUUCCUUUAAAUGUGUUCAUUAUUUUCAGUCUGUAAAUUACUGAUUUUUAACUGUAAUCAUGUGUUGUGGUAUUUCAUUAUCAAAAUGCUUAUAAAGAAGAUUGAAAAUUUUUUUUGGAGAAUAGCAACAUUUGGUUGAGUUUUUUGUUAUUUUAAAUUGAUAGCAUGUAUAUAUUUCAAUUUUGGUUUUGUUAAGGAGAAGAUAUGUAUAGAUUAAAAAAUAAGCAAUAAUUAUUUUAAAUUUCUAAAAUAAUUAGCAACUUUUUAUUAAGUUAGACAGAAGAUACUAUUUCUGUAUAUUCUAAGACACCAAAAUGGUAUAAAUAUGCAUUAUAUGUGCAUUGAAAUUUUUAAAGGUAAUUCAUUAGUUAUUGUGUUUGAAUUUCUUUAGAUUAUUAUUAUUAUUGUGUACUUUUUCUAUAAAUCAUGACACCUUUUAAUUAACAAAAUGUUCAAGAAUCGCUAUGUAAUAUUCUGCUGUUAUGUUGAAUUAUUAAUUGCCAUCUGAAAAUUAUGAAAACUGCAGAAUUUAUGUCAAUGAACCUAUAUGAUAAUAAUUCAAAAUUAUUUAUAGUUUUCUGGAGUUUUGAAAGUGCCAUGCCCACUUCAUAAAUGUGGUAUUAGAUAUCAGAAUAUGGUGUUGCUUGUUUAAUGAUGUAAUCAUAGCCCUGAUGUUGUAUGAAUCAUACUGAUUGUUUGUAGAUACUUAUUCAGAUUUGUUAUGCUCAUCCAAUUGUUGUUCAAGAUUGUAAAACUUAUCCUCAAAAGCCUAUGGUGCCUUUUCAAAAUGUUACAUUAAUCUUAAAUUAAUUCAUAAAUUUGGGUGGCUCAUGUAUAGCCUCAGCAAAUCUGUAAUACAGCAGCUUUUUUUCUGUAUUGGUUCCAUUUUCCACAAAAUAUAUAAAUUAUCAUCAACAAUUGAAUGAGAAUUUUUCAUUUUGUAUAAAAACACCAGUGAAAAGGGAGAGGGAGGAGAGCCAUUAAAAGUAUACAGACUUGGUGAUGAUGAGGCUCCCAUCUCAAUUUUUAACUGUGAAUGAGGGGUUAGCUAUAUAAAAUGUUACAUGCUUGGGAAUUUGCUUGUCUAAACAAAUUAAUUGUAGCCAUAAUGUCCUUUUAUGUAUAAAGCGAUCCAUCGGAAUGGAAAUAUGCAUAUGUCUUCUUCCUCGAUAAUAUUAUACAUUCACAGCCUUUGAAGCUUGAUAUUGUCAGAGCAACUACUGUUACUAUUAUUUUUAUGUCCAUGUGUUGUUUUUAUUACAAAUUACUUUUUCUAUAUUCUAUUAAACUUUCUUAAUUGGAUAUGCAGCACAAUGAAUGUCUUGUUGCAAUCUAAUAACAAAAAUUGUUGAGUUUGUUCCUAGUGGGAAUACAGCUUUAAUUUAAAGUUAUUUUUGCAAAUCUUCAGACCGUGAGAUUAUAAACAAACUUCAUGCUGUCAAACUUCUUUUUGAACUUGGCCAUCAUUAACAAAGCAGAUGCAGUUUUGUCUCAUUUAUACAUUGUACAUACAAGAUUUAUGCAGUCUUCAACUUUUGCUGGGAGAGAUAACCCAUUAUUCUCGCAAUAUGAAUGUCAAAAUUCAAUGCCUAGUGUUUGCAAUUUUUCAAAAGCCUUUCAUUCCAUUUUCUUUAAUUUAUAAAACACCUGAGGUUUUUUAAAGUUAAUUAAAUUUUAUCCGUUUAUUUAAAUGUUAACAUUUAAAAUACCUUCUUACAUUUCUCUUUUUGAACUGUUUUAUAUUGAUAGGAUUUUACCUUUUGUUUUAUGCAACACCAUGGUUCUUGUACCAGAAAAACCAAAACAAAUUUACAAAUCUUGAGUGUCACUUUUUAACAUUAAAAACAAAAACAAAAAUCUUUUCUGAGAAGUACCAAAUAGACCAAAAAAUUCUUGCAAUUAUUUCAAAUGAAAAAGACUUUAAUAAAAAGCUUUUCUUGAACAUCCUUAAG